AGAGCAAAGGAACAUGAAAGAAGAAUCCAAAUGGGAGCACAUCUCCACAGCAGUGAUGACCAAAAUCAAAUCAAAUCAAAUCGCAGAGACGCCGAUAAACUGAGAAGGAAAGCAACCGUUGCGUGAUCUUCGACUGAAAUCCUUUCAUUUUGGAGAGAGAUUCAGGGAGAGUAGGAGUCACAGAGCUAGGGUUAGGGUUUGUAGAAGAAGAAGAAGAAGAAGAAGAAGAAGAGGGGGAGGAGGAGGAUGACGACGACGAUGGAGGUGGUGCUCCACAUCUAUGACGUCACUAAUAGUGGCUCAGAGAAGACGAACAACACCAUUGUUCAGAUCAACAAGAUCUUCAAGGACGGUAUUGGCCUCGGUGGCAUUUUCCACAGCGCUGUGCAGGUUUAUGGAGAUGAUGAAUGGUCAUUUGGAUUCUGUGAACAAGGAACUGGAGUUUUUAGUUGCCCUGCUAGCAAGAAUCCAAUGUACACAUAUCGUGAAUGCAUUGUACUUGGAAGAACAAACUUUUCAAUCUUCAAGGUCAAUCAAAUCCUGAGAGAACUUAGUAGAGAGUGGCCUGGAAGCUCAUACGAUUUGUUAGCAAAAAAUUGCAAUCACUUCUGUGAUGAGUUAUGUGAAAAACUUGGUGUGCCGAAGCUUCCUGGUUGGGUAAACCGGUUCGCCAAUGCUGGUGAUGCUGCCAUGGAAGUAGCAGGAAAUACAGCAUUGCGGUUUAGACAAGCCAAGACAGAGAUCGUAACAGCCAGCAAAGUGGCAUACCGAUUCCUUUUGGGUGUUACUUCCAACUCAGCAGUCACUCCAGAAUCCCCAAGCAAUUCGAACAGGGCCACUCCAAGAUUCCAAGGUGCUUGGUUUAAAAGCCUUGUUCCUUCUGGUGCCACCGGUGCCAGACCAUCCAGUAGUUCAGAAAUUGAAAAUCAGGAGGAUGUUGUACGGCAGCAACCCCUACAUGAGGCAGAGGCACCGCUGCGACAGACUUAACAGUACAAUGUUUGAGGAAGAUUUUUUUUCCUUUUUUUCUCAUUACUAUGCGCUCGAGUUUAAAUUGUUGAAAGCGAUUGACAAAUUAUUCAUUGUGUAUCAUUGUAAAAUGUUCCUCUCCUGUUCAUUUGAAAUUUGUCUAGAUUUGCCAAAACAGGGCUAGAACACAUCCUACUGUGUUUUUCCUUACCUACUCCCCACAAGACGUGAUUGAAAUUCAAGUUCUCUCUGGAAGCUUUUAUAUGGGCAGCAAACCCAAGCAUAUUUUCUUAGCGUGUUACUGUGAGCCAUGUUAAUUUUGGGGCUCCUGUUCUGUAUUCUUUUCUAUGCAGUCUCUUUGUAAAGAACCGCAACAAGAAGUGGUUUAAUGCCUUACCGACAGCUUUUGUAGGAUCA